GACAGCUAGGUGGCGCUGCAAUUUAAGCGUUGGGAUAUUUUGAUAACCGACAUGAUCUGAAAUAAGACUGUUUACACGGACCAGCAAAAGAACCGAUGAAAUGGGAGAUAACAGAAGAAUUGCGCAGGUCCGCACAGCUCGUUCCGUCAUCUGCAGAGUCCUUCUCCUCGACGGAAAACUAUUCGAAAUAGAUGUUGAUAAACGCGCAGUCGGUCAGAUUCUUUUCGACAAAGUGUGUGAACACUUGGAUCUGGUGGAGAAGGACUAUUUUGGACUGUCUUACACUGGACUCCACACUGGACUCAGGGAAUGGUUAAAUGUAGAAAAGAAGAUAUCCAAGCAAAUGAAAGGCUUGGCAUGGGAGUUUAAAUUUGAAGUUAAGUUUUACCCCCCAGACCCCCAGACCCUGCAUGAGGACCUUACAAGAUACCAGCUGUGUCUGCAGAUAAGGAAUGAUAUUGUCAAUGAGAAAUUGCCUUGCUCAGCUGUAACCUAUGCUCUUCUGGGAUCCUACACAGUCCAGUCGGAGCUGGGAGAUUUCGACAUAGAUGAAUUUGGUCCGGGAACAGAAUACAUCAGGAAGAUGAGAUUUGCUCCUCAUCAAGACAGAGAACUGCUGAAAAAAAUAGCAGAGCUCCACAAAACUCACAGGGGACAAACCCCAGAGGAAGCUGAGCUGCAUUUUCUGGAAAAUGCCAAGAAACUUGCAAUGUAUGGAGUUGAUCUCAGUAAUGCAAAGGAUGGUGAGGGAGUAGACAUUCAAUUAGGAGUGUGCUGGAGCGGCAUUCUUGUCUUCAGAGAAAAACUCCAGAUCAACAAAUUUGUGUGGCCAAAGAUUCUCAAAAUGUCAUACAGAAGAAAAAAGUUCUACAUCAAGCUACGAACAGGGGAGUUUGAAGAGUUCCAGAGUUUAAUAGGUUUUAAAUUUUUAUCAAGUAAACAUGCCAAACGCAUGUGGAAGAUAUGUGUGGAACACCAUGCUUUCUUCAGAAAUAGAGAGCCAGACUCUCCAGGAACACAGAGGGGAUUCUUAAAACUUGGAUCCAAGUUCCGUUAUUCCGGAAGAACUCACUUCCAGACCAAGCAGGCUAUGAUGGGAGUAGAUCGCCCCUCUCCAUAUUUUGAUCGUGUCCACAGCAAACGUGCCACAUAUCAUGGCAGGACCAAAAACAAGGAACUAGCAGAUGAAAUGUACAAACCUCGACCGGAGCCAAGGCACAUCCCUGAGUAUAAUCGAGAAGAGAAGAUGACAAGGAAAAUCCCAGAGCCUGAAAUCAAUGACAAAGAAGACAGGGAAGAUGUGUUUGAAGAUGAAGAGGAGGAGGAGGAGGAGCCAGAUAACAGGAAGAGCCGGAUGGAGAAGAUGCACGCUGUCCCAACCCCCCUGGCACAAGUCAUGAUGAAAAAAGAACAAGUCGAAAACAACAACCAAGAAAAUAACCGCCGGAGAAGAUCAUUUGAGGAGGAUGUUUCCGACAGACCACUGGAUGAUAGCAUGGAAAGGUCAGUUGAUGCCCCUCCAAACCAGCAAGAACCCCUCAAUGUGCAUAACCUCCCCUCCCCUCCACUUGAUCCCCCAGCACUCCUAAGCAAAGAGGAGAGAAAGAAAAGAGAAAAAGAGGAGAAGGAACGUAAAAAGAGAGAGAAGGAGGAGCAAAAACGAAAGAAGAAAGAAGAGGAGAAAGAGAAGAAGAGGUUGGCGAAGGAGAAGAAGAAGAAGCCCCCUGUAGAGGAGAAGUGGCAGGAGGCUGUGGCAGUGUCUGCCACCACAGAAACGGUGGUGGUGUCUGACCGAGCACCACGGAGAAUGAGCAGCUUCGAGGAGCAAAAAGAUGAGAAGCCUGAACAUCGCGAGACCGAUGAACCGGAGGUAAAGAGUGCUGAGGCAGAAGGGGAUUCUGGGAGUAAUCGAGCUGACCAGGGCUCGGAGGAGGGGUCUGAUAAAGAGGAUGACCCCAAAGAUGAGAAACCAACCAAAGAGGUUACAUAUCACACGGCCAAGGAUGAGAAUCUAAACCGCAGCUCAGAUCGAGUAGGAGAGGAGUUUGAUUUAUAGAUUUGAACCAGUGACCCUGUUGUUCCAGGCCAUUUGGACACGACUGUGAUUGAAGCAAUAAGACUAAAAAAGGGGAGGAGUGUAGUAGAAGUGUUCAGCUUCAUGUGCUAAUCACUAGUGAAUUUCAAUCACUUGGAAGCAUAGCUUCAAUGUAACAAGAACUCUGGUUGGUUGACAGAGGCAUUACCAUGGAAUUCAUUACGUCCUUUUUACAUAAUCACCCAAUCAAAAUUGAUUUUAUAUUACUGUAACAGUAUACCUGUAAUCACUUUUAUUCAUUUCAAGGACAUUUUAUACAUAUCAGCUUUUGUCCAAAUAAUCAUGACCCACACCAAAUUUUGUAUAUAUAAUGUAUACAUCCCAUAAAAUCUACAAUAUUGCAUAUAACCAUUCCAUAUUUCAGUAGUUGUUGUCCUGUUGUUAUUUUUAGAAAGGUGAUGUUAUUUUUAUCUAGUGAUUUUUACUGAUUGUAUAAUUAUUUAUUGGAUGGUUGUGCCAUUAUUCUGCCUUGUCCUGUUAGAAUUUUAUCUUUGGUGUCAGAAUGAUUUUCUUACAAAACAAAAACAAAACAAAAAAAUAAUAAUAAUAAUUUUAUAUAUAACCCACUUUUUUACAAAUUUUUACUAAUUAAUUGUUUGCCAAAUUAUAUUUGGAAAAUUUCUCUGAAAUUUUAUUGUAGAUUUAUAGUUAUUUUUUUAAUAUACUAAUUCUGGUCUUCAAUAUCGUGAUUGUUGAAUAUUAUAAACCAUUUUUAUCAGGCUUCCUCAUGACAGACAUUGACUGUGUACAAUUUAAAGGGAAAAAAAUGUUAAGAAUUUUUCCAAAAAUAACAUUAUAAUUAAGUUUCAAACAUGCAGAAAGAUACUAGUAGAUGCUAAUUUGCUAAAUCAGACACAAAUGUACUUAGAUAAAAUGCAGGCACUAUCAGAUAACAAUAUGGUCUUCACUUAAUCUUAAGAGUGUAUCAUGGAUUUAUUAUUGUACAAGGAGGAUGUCUACAGAUGUUAUAAAAAGUAAAAUUGUUAUUUUUUUUUUUUUUACAUAGGACAAUUUGAAUAAUCAAAUAAAAUCUAUAAACAAA